CUAUAUUUAAUUUGGAUUUAAUUGGGAGGUGCCACCAUUCCAAGGUUCCAGGACCCUGUGCCGCCCCUCUGUGACAUCAGCCCGGCCUGGUGGCGCCGCUGCCACCACCAGAGGUGACACCCGGGUUCUGCCACUGCCACCCGCGCUGGCACCGAUGGCUUUGCUGGGGCUGCUCGUGCUGCUGGCCCUGGCCCGGCCCGGGGGGGCCACCUGGGACACCUGCAGAGGCACCUGCGGGCUCCGGCCCGUGGCUUCUGACCACAGCUCGCUGGUCUCUGACUACGAAACUUCGGGGUCUUCUCGUGUCGCCUCGCUGGUCAAGGACAGUCCUGGUGUCCCCCCAGGGGCCUGGCCGGGCGUGGUUGGCAUCCAGAGCGCCCUGGAGAACGGCACGUGGCACAUGUGUGCGGGCGUGCUGAUCCAGCCCCGCUGGGUGCUCACGGUGGCGCGGUGCUUCUUCAGGUCGGGGGACGCCUCCAUUUACGAGGUGGUGAUCGGGGCCAUCGACCUGGGUGAGCCGGGCCCCAACGCCGUGCUCAGACACAUCCAGAGGAUCCUGCUGCACCCGGAAUACGUGGCGGCCACGGCCACGAGCAACAUCGCCCUGGUGGAGCUGGACACGCCCGUGGAGUGCAGCGACUACAUCCAGCUGGGCUGUGUGCCCGACGGCUCCCUGGCCGUGCCCGAGCUGAGAACCUGCUACAUAGCGGGGUGGAGAGCCACCCCUGCCAGCGCCCCCAGCCCACGGCUGGUGCUGCAGGAGGCCAAGGUGCGGCUGAUGGACGCCCAGCUGUGCAACAGCAGCCGCUGGUACGGGGGGGCCGUGCACCCCCAGGACCUGUGCGCGGGGUACCCGCGGGGCGGCAUCGACACCUGCCAGGGGGACAUCGGGGGACCCCUGGUGUGCAAGGACAACGAUGGUGACUACUUCUGGCUGGUGGGACUGGCCAGCUGGUGCCGAGGCUGCUCUGGAAAAAAGCGACCCGGGCUGUUCACAUCCACCCAGCACUUCCAUGGAUGGAUCCAAGCCCAGUUGGGAUCGACGCCAGCCCAGAAACCCACAGAGCCAGCGCUGAUCCCAAGCCUGACCCCACCCCUGAUCCCCACUGUGAUCACAGAGGCACCAGAAGUGGAAUUGGACACGUCCAUAACAGUUUCAUUCCCCAAGGACAUCCUGCUGAGGUUCUUCGGGACUCUGCAGGACUUCCUGGACUUCCUGAGGGACAAAAUAGAUGGAUGAGGAAGGGGAGCAGAUCCCGUUCUGGCUGCAGAGGAUUUCCAGCAGUCCCCGCUGGGGCUGUGGCUGUGGGGCCAAAGGCAGCCAGGGUGCCCAGGGCUGUGUGCCCUGCCCACACCCUGCCCUGAGCCCACCCUGAUGGUGAUUCCAGCUUAUUCUUGAAAUAGAUUUGUUCCUGUUCCCCGUUAUCCACGUUGUCCAGUUCAGUCUCCUGGGAAAAACAAGGAUGGGGAAAGCUGGGAUGAGUGGGACAAAUGGGUGGGGUUGGGGACAAAGGGGAACCAGGGAGGGGAGGGGAGGGGAGGGGAGGA